UUCAGUUGGUGAAUAUCCAGGAUCGAAACGAAUCCAUCAGCUUCUUCGACCUUGCUUGAUUAAAAUCUUCUUUAAAUAUUUCUCAAUAAAAUUUCCCUUGAAAUGGCCCACCCCACAUUUUUCGAACGUUUAGUUAUGCACAUUUGCAGAUAUUACGUUUCCGCUGUCUUUAUACCUCUACGAUCUCUUGUGCUACCUUUCUUAUACUUUAUAGAGUUCAUUUGUGCAAAAUUUAAAGUAACCUAUUCGCCUGAAUUACAUGCAAAUAAAGUGGAGCAUGUCCAGAGUCAGAUUAUGGACUGGAACAAGGCUGGGAGGCGAAACAAAUUAUGCACGGCCAGACCCGGGUGGGUAUCCAUGUCGUUGACCCGUUUGCCCGUCUACAAGGAUGCCAUGACCGGGAUAGACUUGUCCAGGCUGGAUGACCUCGUCUCAAUCGAUAAAGAAGCAAUGACCAUAACCGUCGAGCCCUUAAUGAAAAUGGGCCAAUUGACGAGAAUAUUGGGAUCAAAGGGGUACACAAUCCUGGUCGUGCCGGAGCUUAAGUUUCUCACGGUGGGAGGACUGAUUUGUGGGGCUGGGUUGGAAACUUCGUCGCACAAGUAUGGAUUCUUUCACAAUACUUGCACUUCAUACGAGGUUGUUCUCUCGUCAGGGGAGGUUGUAAAGUGCAGUAAGGACGAAAAUUCGGAUAUGUUCUAUGCCAUUCCGGGAUCCUAUGGGACCCUCGGAUUCCUAACUGCUGCCACCAUUAAGAUUAUGAAGGCGGAAAAAUACGUGAAACUUUCCUACAUCCCGGUCAACUCGUUGGAUGAAGCGACUAAACGAGUCACAGAAGAAUCUCUUAAGACACCCGGACCCGAUUUUGUUGAAGGAAUCAUGUAUUCCUUGGAUAAAGGGGUUAUCAUGGUGGGAACUUUGACAUCAAAAUCCGAACCAGGAAAGGUAAACCCCGUUUCGGCCGGCUACAAGAAAUCUUUCUACAAACACGUCCAAAGUUUCUUAACUGACAAUCAGUCAACUAAUCUACCAAUAUCUCAAAUUGCCCCCAACACGGAAUUCAUCCCCCUCCGAGAUUAUUAUCACCGCCAUUCCUACGCCACCUUCUGGACUUGCCAUACAUACGUUCCAUAUAUUGAUGUGCCCCUGUUUCGCUACAUUUUCGGAUGGGCGCAAGUUGAAGACAACUACGCGUAUAAAAUUAUUCCGCGCUAUUUUCGACGAAUCUUCGAGAUAAAUCUUGUCAUACAAGACUUAAUCGUGCCGAUUGAUAAGAUGAAGAUGGCGCUGGAGUUCUUUCACGAAGAAGUUAAGGUACCAAACGAACCGGUAUAUUUUAAAUUUGACGGGAACGCGGACAAGAUGUACAUGGACAUCGGUCUUUAUGGUUACUCUGGGAAGCCGGAUGAUUACGAGGUUGUAAAAUCCAACAAAGCCUUGGAACAAUUUUGUCUGGAAAAUGAUUGUAUCAAAGGGGCAUAUGCGGACUUAUGGUUAAGCCGAAAUGAACAUGAUCAAAUGUUCGAUCCAACAUUGUACAACAAAGUAAGAGCACAGCUCAACUGUUCGGAUGCGUUUCCAGACAUUUACGACAAAAUCUGUCAGGCAGGGAGGAAAUGAUUGAGAUAUACAGAGUUGUGUACAGGUUAUCAUAUGUAAGGAUUGAUUCAUAAAUCGUGGCACGAUUUUAAAAGGCGUUCAUUACUAAACAAUAAGUUGAAAUGUUAACAACUUUGUUAAUAAUUGUUCCAAAUGCGAUGCACAACAUUGACCAAAAUCACUUUGGUCGCGGCGACCCUCUAUAAGAAAUUUCUCACAGGUUUUUCCAGGCCUGUUGAUUUUUGCUUUUCCUGACUUUCUCCCAACAAUCUUCAGGUUUGACUCAUGAUGAGUCGAAUUCAAAGCAGGAUUUUCACCACUUUCGGUCGUCAUGGAUGUUCUCUUUCGCAUCAAGCCUAACAUCUUUCAAUCCCACUUGUUUGGAGAACAUUGUUGGCAUGUUCCAAUUUUGCCAGAAACCAAAUUUUUUUAUCGUUGAGGUGGUCGGUAAUAACUCAACCGUAAUGGCAAUUGGCUUCAUCCGGCCAAAAUCUGACUGGGUCACCUGAUGACCAUUUAUGUAAGGAAUUAAUCGGCGUUUGAUACAUUUUGAUAAAUAAAGACAUGGGGUCAUGGUCCAAUCCAUAAUUGAGGGCUUUGAAAUUGCUCCAUUUUCGUCCAAUGCUAGCCAAAUCUGUCCGUUUUUGCGAAUUUGGCUUUGGGAAAUACAUUAACCUCAUAUUUCACAUCCUAACGACUUGUAGCAAUAAAACAUUGCUCGGUGCAAACUUUUCAUAGCGUUAUUGUGAUGUAUGCUUCGUCACAACUGGCAAGUAUUUUGGAUUACACUUUUUUGCAAAUUUAGUUGCAUCCCAUUUUGGUUCUUAAUUUUUCCUCUUUAAUGUAACUUGAGGCCUUAGUUUUCAAAAUGUUGUAAUCCUCUAUCAUUCUGCUUUAAAUCGGCGAAAAGUUGGUUAAGAUAUCUUUACCCGUUUGGAUGCUACGUUUUCUAACGUCAAUGGCGUUCCCUCAAAAUUAUAGGCACUGCAAUGAUGACUUUGGAUGUGGUCUGCCACACCAGGUGAUGAAUAAUUUUUUUGAACUCGGCUGAUUUUCUUGAAGCAUACAUUGACAUGUAAUGACAAUUUGAGGUAUUUGGAAUAUUUUCAUUUUUGAGGUGGUGGUGCAUCUUUUUCUCGUCCAAUUUCGGUGCGUUUUUGUAAAAGUGCACCAAGAGAUUUGGUUGGACUUGUUUCUCUUUUUGUCUGACGGUUCUUGUUUAUUUAUCAGCCUUUUUGAACUAAAACCCUAAUACUACAUCGGUUGGGCUAUCAUAUGAAACAAUUCAUACACAAGAAUUCCAAUCUUUGUUAAAGCUAGAGCUAAAGACAAAACUGUGCCACGAUUUAUGAAUCAACCCUUAGAUGCUUAAAAAUUCGCCAAAUUCAGUGAAUUUCAGUGUUUAACAGGUUUUACCUAAUACCAAAAUGUAUUACGGAUAUGUCUACCAAAUUAGAGAAAUUCAAGAUGCACGGGGUGAUUUAAAUAGUAUGUCAUAUAUUCCAAGGCAUAGACUAAUGCUUACUCUUUUACAACUUAAAAGGUUAAAAUCUCGCUGAAAAUAUGAAUGUAUCUGCAGACAAUAAGUGAACAGUAAAAAUGUUCUGGUCAAGCCUCAGGCCAAAUCCUUAAAA